AAGAGGGCUGAGCAGGAGAACGCGCGCGGGAGAGCCAAGAGAAGUUACGAGGUCACGAGGUCAGGACCCGUCCGCUCUCGGGUCUCGCUGAACCAGCCUCAAAAAGGGCGCGCGCCAUGGAGCAACGUUUGGCGGCGUUCCGGGCCUCCCGGAAGCGAGCCGAGCUGGAGGGAGAGUCCAGCGGCUCGGGGAGGAGUGGAAAAUCAUCCGGAGAAGAUGUAACAGUGGCCUCUACGCCGUCUAGGGCGCAGGAGGCCCCGAGCGAUAGUGCUAAGGAAACAUUUCAGACUCAAAGAAGCCCACUAGAGAAACCAACAGCUAUUUCUGCAUCUCGAUGGGACCAAUCCUUCCUCACUAAUGUUACGUUCUUGAAGGUGAUUCUUUGGCUGGUCUUACUGGGACUAUUUGUGGAACUGGAGUUUGGUCUGGUUUAUUUUGUUCUGUCCCUGUUUUAUUGGAUGUAUGUUGGCACCCGUGGCCCUGGAGAAAAGAAGAAGGGAGAAAAGAGUGCUUACUCUGUGUUCAACCCUGGCUGUGAACCCAUCCAGGGAACCCUGACUGCAGAACAGUUUGAGAGAGAAUUACAAUUCCAGCCCCUGGCUGAUAGAUAGUCCUCAUUCUCCUCAGUUUUCUGCCCCUUGGAUGCUCUUGGACUUAUACUACCUAGCUGCUGGGCCCUGGACUGGAAUUAAUAUGCAGAUCCUCUAGAGACAGUCAGUUGUCCAUGAGAGUUGGCUUUUUGUUCUCUUCUCGGAACUCUUUUCUCCUAUUUAUCCACCCACCCUCCCUUUUCCAUGCCUGCUGUUGUAGCACCAAUGUCUGUUUGCAUUUCCAUCUUUUUUCUGAGAGUCACUAAAAUCCAGUGUUUCAAAUGGUCUGGUGUCAUUUCCAAAAAUUACAUAUUCAAUAAAGAAG